CUGCCGACGCGCCGGGCCGGGAAGGAGCGGAGGCGGACGAGCCCUUCUUAAAGGGCCCGGGGCGGGACGGGACCGGACGGGACCGGCCCGGCCGGAGGAGCGGCGGCACGUUUAGGGGAGGGCGUCGCCCUCUGUUGGGUCGUGCGUCCGCCCCUCCGCCAAGAUGAGCGAGUCCCUGGUGGUCUGUGAUGUUGCCGACGAUCUAGUGGAGAAACUGAGAAAGUUCCGUUUCCGCAAAGAGACGAACAACGCCGCCAUUAUAAUGAAGAUCGACAAAGAGAAAAGGCUGGUGGUGGUGGAUGAAGAGCAUCAGGGAAUUUCGCCUGAUGAACUCAAAGACGAGCUACCCGAGCGACAGCCUCGCUUCAUUGUAUAUAGCUAUAAAUAUCAACACGACGAUGGAAGAGUUUCAUAUCCCUUGUGCUUUAUUUUCUCCAGUCCUGUCGGAUGUAAGCCGGAGCAACAGAUGAUGUACGCUGGAAGCAAGAAUAAACUGGUUCAGACAGCUGAACUUACAAAGGUAUUUGAAAUCCGAAAUACCGAAGACUUAACUGAAGAAUGGUUACGGGAGAAACUGGGCUUUUUCCACUAAAAGCAAACCUCUGCAUUACUCCAAGUCUUUAUGUCCUAACCUGACCAUACUGGAACUAGACAUAAAUACUUAUUUAUGCCUAAAAAUGCACUGUUAUUUACAGUUUUAUUAUUUUUUUUUUUCGGUUUCCUGCAGUUAAGAAUAAUUCUCCAAUCGUGCAGAGUUUGUACCAAGGAGGAGACACUCUCCUUGAAGUAAUGAAACUUUGUGAAGUAGUUUUUGUUUGUUUCUGUUUUCCUAAUAUUUGUAACUGUCCAGUGGAAUACUUCUCUGCAGGGACAUUUUGCACUCUUUGAGACCAAUUUUUAGAACGUAAAUUUCAUAUGUUCCCAUUUCCCGUUGCCUUUGGGAAGUGGGUAUUAGCUUGUGAUGAGCAACGAAAACCUCCUUCUGACACAUACUGGAUAUUCGCAAUUCAAUAGCCCAGCGCUACGUAUUAAACUCGUGAAGCCCAUCGAGUCAAGGGUUCCACCGACCCCAAUUGGAGCCGACGAUAGUGUUCAAUAUUUGACUCAAGGUAGCGUGAACUGCGGAUGCUUUUUUUUCUUUCCAGUGAUUUCAGAGCCGCUGCGAUUUCCUUAAUCCCGUUUCUCAAAUCUCCAGUAAUGAAGUUACUCCACUUUGAAUCUUUGAGCUGUCUGCCUGGGGACGGUGAUUUAACUAUUAGGUUCUCUUCUUGUAGGAAGCUGCGUCUUAGGCUUGUAGAAAUCUAAGGGACGUGACGCCACGGGGCAGAGGUGGUGAAGUCACGUCCAGAUGUUGCAAGACACCCCCUUAAGAAGUUUAAAAGCAUCUCCUCAGACGAGCCUAUCUCCUGACCUUGCCGUUUGAACUCUAGGCGUUUUUAAACCUGUUAACACCGUGCCUUUGACUCAUUAGCUUUACACUUACCUGAAGUCACACUGCCAGAACUCCGGAUUGCGUGGGUGACGACAACACGAGCAGCGUGGGUAGUCACCUUCCCUGCGCACAACUAGUUUACAGUCUACAGGGGGUGCGUACGUGUUUGCGAUGAGGCGAGGGCUCCCGAGGAAACAGCGAUUUUAAAGCCCGCCCUUUCAUUCAUUCGAAAACCACCCACGUCGCUAGAUACCAGACCGUGUUGUGCUUGUAAGAGUUGUUGGGUCGAAUGGCAUAGUGUGCUGGACUCCAGAGUAAUGAACCCCUACUGGAGAGCAAAGAUGUGAAAUCGACAUGUUAAAUUGCAGGCCCACGUUGCAAAAAUAGGCGUGUUGAGAGGUCUGUCGUCAGUCCGACCGCCGACGUUUUUAAAGAUGGCCACCGUCUUUUUAAGAAAUCAGCACAUCGAGGGGAUUAGGGCCAGUCUGAAUAGGACCAGGGAUUUCCUAUCCGUUGCCAAAAAGGGCGGCCUUCGUAUCGGGAUCAUUUUCCUUCUUGCCGAUUCAAAUGCUCUGUGUCCCGAAGCUCCCGCGAUUCACAGUCGGAAAUCUUACGCUCAGUUGAUCGAUCAGUCGUAUUUAUCGAGCACUCACUGUGCGAGGCGAUGUACUGAGCGCUUGGGAGAGGGCAACACAAUAGAACAGACACAUUCUCUGCCCACAACGAGUUUACGGUCUGGAGGGAAGAUUCUCAAAGCGCGUGUGCUCUGUUCAUGAAGGCUGCUUCGCUAAGGGUCGUAGAGGAAGGGGCGAGAGAGAGAACAACAUUAGACUUCUGUUAAAUAUGGAAAGGAUUCUUUAUUUUCUAAUUUUUUUUUCCUGCCCGCAAAUGUUUGAUAGAAUAACUUAUUCCACCGUUUUAUGGAACCGCUUGAGGUCAGCGGAUGACUCUUUGAUUCUGGGAUUUCCGGAGGAUAUCCGGUCUAUCUCCUCCCUGAGUGGAAAAUACAUUCCAUACCGGCACAGUACACUCGAGUGAAGGAAAUAGGUGUCUUCUAUCCGUUAAUUUACUUCGCAGAAAUAAGAGGAAUUAGCGUGUCAGAAUGUUUUUAGUGAUUCUUUGGUUUCACGUCGCGUCAUCUAGAGCAGUGCCAAGGUCUCCUUUGGAGAGGAGAGGUUUUUCGUCAUGGUUGCCAUAUUUACAUUUACCUUUUUCUCCUAUUGCACGACCUAAAUGUCUCUACCGUUGUAUAUUGUGGUGUUUGUCUCCGCUGCUACCCUGGACCAAUCACCACAACAUUCCUCCUAGGUAUUUCAGUCGGUUCGGGCCUUCCGCCCCUCAGUUUCCUCCUUCCUCUUAGCAUCUCCAACUGUGAGGAGGCCGAGGGCCUCGGGUCACUUGGAAGCCAGUUCAUCCAGGUCGAUAGAACCACGGUAACUCCCCAGGUUUUACAGACCUCCGUUUCGGCAUGCCGGCUUCUUAAAUCCGCACCGCUUUAAGCGCUCAGCAGGUUUCACUGGGGUAGGAAGGACAGGUGAGAUCGAACAGGGCUGAGCGAGUCACCGUUUGACUUCCAUUCGGCUUGGCUUAUGCCAGGAAGUUAUGCCGUGGUCUGGAAAAUUUCUUUUUGGUUUUUGGGGUGGGGGGGUUUGGUGUUCCAAAAUGUUCUGACGACUGGUUCGUGAAUGUGUUUGGAAAAAAAUUCAGCGAAUUGUUAGUUUCAUUCUUGCCUAAUGUAGGUCGGGUUUCAGGUUGGCUUAAAACGCCUGUGGGUUUAAGAGGGUGUUAUUACGAAAUAUGUGGGAGAAUUAUAAUUCUAAUAGGAUUGACUUUUUUUUCCAGAGGUUCCACCCAGACUAGGUGUACCCUGGUCUGAAACUUAAGACGUCCAGUUUGGAGAGCACAUUACCAACCUAUUUUCCCGGUGACUUUUUUAAAUGCUGAGAGCGUGAAUGGCUUUUUUUCCCCCCUUCGUCUAAGCUCUUAAACUUUUCAAAAUUUCCGGCUUCCCUUUAAAACCCACGAGUUGCGUGGAUCAGGAAUUCAUAAAGCGGACUCGAGGUGCUUUGCUAUUUUCAUAAAAGUUUGCAUACUGAUAUUUGGUGGAUUAGAAAGCAACUCACGCGUUGUAACGACUCGUAAAUGUUUUUAAUACUUGACUACCCCUCCCGAUAGGUCACGCCGCCAAUACUGGAUUCUGGUAUUUGAGCCUUUUACGUGUCGCGAAGAAGCGUCUCAGCGCUUCCAGUCGAAUCUCAUUUUGUAUUUAAGAAAAGUGUAAAUAACUUGGAAUCUCCUAGGUAACUAAGGGCCCCAAGCUAAAUCUCCUCGAGCCAAGGAACUUCGAUCAGUUGUUUUCCUAGUUAUGCCGAACUUCAUAUCGAGAGCCAACUGAUCCCUUCUGAGGUUGAGUUAAGACGGCAAAGGAAAGGUUGGAUUUCCUUUGGGAGCUGCGGGUCGGACCUGUGUGUUUUGAUCGCCCGGCGUAAUUUUCUGCCAUCGCCAACGUGGCAGGAGGCUUUUUGCAAAACUGCAGGCCGGCCUAGUGAAUCUCAACAGUUUUACAUGGUUAUUAAACAGUACCAACAUUUGACCCCACUCACUUAACACCGUUUAGUCUCUGCUAGCCAUAUUGCAUGUUUAAUUUACGCAGCCUUUGCUAAGCAUAUGCCUGUACUGGUUCAAAUAAAAUGUAACAACUGA